AUUCCCCUGAGGAGGAGCUGGAGAACAGUCCUCAAGCCCUGUCUGCGCUAGGUAAAGGACAGCCAGCCACUCCACUUGCUUUAGAUUAAAACCAACCGCCCAAAGUCCGGAGAUACAGUGGUGGUUGAACUGAUUUUCCAGAGGCAGCAUGGACAUCAAGGAGUAUUUCAACAGAAUUUCUUACCGGGGCUCCUAUGGUAAGCCGGACCUGGCUACACUGACAGAUAUUUUCCAGCACCACAUCCAAGCGGUCCCUUUUGAAAACCUCAGCAUCCACUGCGGGGAAAGCAUUGAGCUGGACCUGGAAGCAAUUUACAACAAGAUUGUGAGGAGGAACCGUGGGGGCUGGUGCAUGGAAAACAACUACCUUUUAUCUUGGGUCCUGAGAACCCUUGGCUAUGAUGUCACCCUUCUGGGAUCUAAAGUUUAUGUCCCAGAGUAUGACAGGUAUGCAGAUGAAACUGACCACUUGCUGCUGAAAGUGGUGCUUGAUGGCAAGUCCUACAUUGUGGAUGGUGGGUUUGGAAUGGUCUACCAGAUGUGGCAGCCAAUGGAGCUGAUUGCGGGGACAGACCAGCCACAGACUCCUGGGGUCUUUCGCUUUGUGGAGGAGAGUGGGGUCUGGUACCUCGAGAAGGUGAAAAGGAAGCAGUGGGUUCCCAACCAAAGCAUCUCCACUUCCCAUAACAUGGAAGAAGUUUGCCGUCGGGUUUAUCUCUUUACCCUUCAGCCACAAGACAUUGAAGACUUCAGAGCCUGCAACGCCCACCUGCAGACUUCACCGGACUCGCUGUUUGUGAGAAAGUCUAUCUGCAGCCUGCAGACUGCUGACGGCAUCCGGGCUCUUGUGGGGUGGAAACUCACUGAGAUAAAAUACAAUUUCAAGGAUAAUAUGGAUUUGGUGGAAAUCAGAAUCCUUGCAGAUGAAGAAAUAGAGAAAACGUUGAAAGAGAAAUUCAAUAUAACACUAGACAAGAAAUUUGUACCCACCAAUACAAGCAGGUUGUCUCUGUUUUAACUCACUACAUGAAUUAUAAUUCAAUCCAGUGGCAUUACAUGCAAUACUUUCCCCCAUUUCUGACAAGCAUCUGAAGGUUAAGCUUUCUCUUUCCAUCUACACCGGUGUAAGGCAGACCAUAUUAGCACGGAUCUGGAAAAGAAAAGAGAUUUUCUCAACCGUUCCUGCCUCUCUCUUUGGUUGGGGUAGAAAUAAUUUCUUCCCAGCUCAAUCAAAUCACUCUCCUUCUGUUUGUUGCUUAGCUGGAAGCAGACUCUGCCCAUUCCCUACUCCUUUCAUCUCUUGAAAGCUUUUCCAAACACACCCAGAGUAGCAGGGCAGCAUGAUGGAGCUGCAUGGCUCUGUCUUUAUUACUUUGCGCUGCCACUUGGGGAAAAUCAUACCCACCACUUAAAUGAAUAGUAUAUUAUUUUUGGAAUUUAAUAGCCAGAAAAACAAAGACAUCCAGUGCCCAGUUUGUUGCAGUUAAGCCAUAAGCCCGUCCUUUUUGCUCUUGCGUUUGUGGCAUCCUCUCACGUGGCAGUCAGCCAGCGCCACGCCUGUGCUGCGCUGUGCGAAUACCUACGGAUGGGCUAUGUAUGGCCUAAGACUGAUGAUAAGAAAUACUAGUGGACAAUUCUGUCUUGUUUCAGACUUCACGCAACCCCUGUUCUCUCCGUGACAUAACCAAAAAGCAGUAUUUCUUGACCUGACAGCAUCUCCAAAAUGCAUGGGUGCAUUUUGUUUGCUCCCACACAGCAGCGGACUGCUGGGGAUGCACGUUCCUCACAUAGUCUUCCCCAAGAGUUAUUCCACUUUAAUUAUCAUGGCUGAACUGAAACACAUGCACAGAAUCAUUUUUCUGAAACAUAUCUGUUCUACUGAGGGCGUGUUUGCAGUGAUACUAAUUAUAUUGAUGUAAGGAGAAAUGAUGAAUCUUAAUCAUAUAUCUAAAGAUUCAGAUUUUUAGUAUGAGAAAUUACUCAGGUGUAAUCACUUUGCCCUUUGAGCUGAUGCUUGAUGCUCCGUUAUGUCCAAAUCAUGGAAGCAUUACAACUAUGCACUCAUAAUGAAGUAAACUAUACAAAUGAAUAACAAUGAAAUAAAAAAAAUCGGGAAUUGUGAAGUACAAAUAUUCAGCUGUUUUUUCCCCAAAUUACACCGCGUAUCCCCAAAGUAAAAUAUUUCAUUAAUCACUGC